AUGCGUUGUCGUCAAGUCUCACUCGCUUUGACCUACGCGGCCCUCGCCUCGGCCUGUCAACGGGACUUCUUCGUCGAGAAGCGGCACACGCACCGCAAGCCCAUCGCGAAGCGCGCCGACGACGUAUGGCCUCCGGUCCUAUCAGAGGAGGAGACGAUCUUGGUCAACGCAUUUGACAAUGUCACCGUCGACGAGUGGUCCGAUUACUACGGCCACCAGGUCAAGCUUGCGGGCCUAGGGAAAGAAGCUGCCCAGUGGACGGCGGACCGGUGGACGGAGAACGGCUUUAAUGCGCAGCUGAAGGAAUACCACGUCUAUCUGAGUUACCCUGUGCAUGCUUCGCUGCAGAUUACCUACUCCAAUGGCACGACGAACGACGUCAGGCUGGAUGAGGAUGUACUGGAGGAGGACGAUGUGACGGGGAGGGAGGAUAACCAACCGACUUUCCACGGUUACUCUGCCUCAGGACACGUGACUGCGGAAUAUGUCUACGUUGGGCGCGGCUCGCAAGCAGACUUUGAUCGCCUAGUUGAACUUGGGGUCGAGCUGGAGGGAAAGAUUGCGUUGGCUAGAUACGGCGGACUCUUCCGUGGCUUGAAGGUCAAGAACGCGCAGGAUCACGGCAUGAUCGGCGCAGUCAUCUUUACCGACCCCGGUGAUGACGGAAACCAGACCGUUGCCAACGGCUACGAGGCCUAUCCCCACGGUCCUGCCAGAAAUCCCAGUGCCGUCCAGAAAGGCUCCGUCCUCUUCCUCUCUACUCACCCGGGCGACCCAACUACUCCGGGUUACCCGUCUCACGAGGGCGUCGACCGCGCAGACAUUUCGCCUGUCACGCCCAAGAUCCCUUCAAUUCCAAUCUCCUACGCAUCUGCUGAGCCUCUGCUGCAGGCCCUUGAUGGCUUUGGUGUUUCUGCAGAGGAUGUCAACCGGACGAUCUGGGCAGGCGCGUUAAUUGCCAAUUACAGCUCCGGCCCGGCCCCGGGCGUCACUCUACACCUGGAUAACCUGGUGGAAGGCAAGAUCACGCCUAUUUGGAACGUCAUUGGCCAAAUUAACGGCACCAAUGCCGAUGAGACGAUUGUCAUUGGAAAUCACCGAGACACCUGGAUGAUUGGAGGCAACGGCGACCCCAACUCAGGAUCCGCAAUCUUAGUCGAAUUCACGAAAGCUGUCAAUGCCCUCGUGUCCAAGGGCUGGAAGCCGAAGAGGAACAUCGUGAUCGCGUCCUGGGAUGCGGAAGAGUAUGGCCUUGUCGGCAGCACCGAAUGGGUCGAGGACAACGUCGACUGGCUUACCGAGACAGCCGUGGCGUAUCUGAACAUCGACGUCGCAGUGUCAGGACCGAGACCCGCCCUCGCUACCACACCUGAGUUGCAGACCGUAGGCACUGAGAUCUUUAAGAAGAUCAUCUACCCCAACUUUGGCGGCUUCAACAUCAGCCUCUACGACGCUUGGCUGGAGUCCUCUGAAGGCAUCAUCGAGUCUCUGGGCAGCGGCAGUGACUUUACGGGCUUCUUGCACCGGGGCAUUAACUCGCUCGACGUCGGCUCCAACAACGGCGCGACCGAUCCGAUCUGGCACUACCACUCAAACUACGACACCUACCACUGGAUGGCCAACUUUGGCGACCCAGGCUUCCUCGUCCACGCCGCCAUCGGCCAGUAUCUCACUCUCCUCGCCUACCACCUCGCCGACGACGAGGUCCUCCCCAUCGACGUGCCAAACUACGCCACCGAGCUGCGCGCAUACCUCUCCGACCUGGAAGAGUACGCUGAAUCUGAGGAUGCUGAGAUCGAUCUCUCCGAGUUGUCCGACGCCAUCGAGGUCUUUGCGACGCGGGCCGAUGAGGUCAAGGCCCUGGAACAACUUGCUAUCACGACGGGCGACGCGGACCUUAUCACAGUUGUAAACCACAAGUACCGUGACUUCCAGCGGGGAUUCAUCAGCCAGGGUGGUUUGCCUGAUCGGGAGUUUUACAAGCAUGUCAUCACUGCGCCUGGCUUGGACACCGGAUAUGCUGCUGUUCUGUUCCCCGGUAUCACUGAAGGCAUCCAGUACGGCAAGGGUAACCUCACAGUCGCCGAGGAGUGGGUUUCAAAGACCGCUCGAGGUAUAUUGCGGGCUGCAGAUAUCAUCAAGACGUAA